AUGGCAAGACUAGCUUUACUUAUAUUUUUAUGUUUUAUUUCUACAAGCCUUGCAAAAACGUUUUCUAAGUGUGAAUUGGUUUAUGAAUUAAGAAGGCAAGGUUUCCCAGAGCAUCUGAUGAAGGAUUUGGUAUGUCUGAUUGGAGAAUCCAGUUCUUACAGAACCCAUGUAAUUGGCGGUCCGGACCCAGAUGGUUCAUAUAAUUACGGCCUCUUUCAAAUAAACAACUUUUACUGGUGUAGCUCAGGUCCUUAUCCUGGCAAUACCUGUAAUGUUCGCUGCGAGGAUCUACGGUCAGACGAUAUUACAGUAGCAUCAAACUGUGCGAAGAUCAUAUUAAAUACGCGAGGUUUGCAAGCAUGGGUUGCUUGGGAUAAAUUCUGUAAGCCGUAUCGCCUACCUGAACUCGGAUGCUGA